AUGUAUCUUGCUUGUGAGAGGAGUGGCCAAUAUAGAGCAACAAAGAAGUUAAAACAUGAUGGCAACAAUACAUCAAGAAUAACCGGUACGAAGAAGUGUGGUUGUCCUUUUGAUAUGAGGGCUCACAGGUUUGCCACAUAUGAUGAAUGGACAUUGACUGUGGUAUGCGGAUUGCAUAAUCAUCCACCUGCGGAGCACCUCGAGGGACAUUCAUAUGCGGGGAGGCUAUCCAAGGAUGAGAAAGCAUUGUUAAUGGAUAUGUCAAAGAGCAUGGUUCGGCCAAAAGAAAUCCUAGUAACCUUGAAACAGCGAGAUGCCCUCAAUGUAAGCACACUUAAAACCAUUUACAAUGUACGCCAUCGAAACAGGGUGGUACAGCGAGCUGGAAGAUCACAGAUGCAACACUUAUUGGGUAAAUUGGCCAAUAUGAGAGGGUCGAUAACUAUGUGGGUGUUAGCUACAUUACGUGAUGUCAUGGAUGGGUUUGUUGUGCCAACAGUCAAAUAUGUCAUAGAUACUUGGUUGGUUCCUUACAAGGACAAAUUUGUGGCGGCAUGGACAGACACGUGUAUGCAUUGUGGCAAUGUUACAACGAACCGGGCUGAGAGUGCACAUGCAAAACUUAAAAGACAAUUGGGUUCAUGUCAAGUCUCAUUUCAGGCAUCAUUUGAGAAAAUACACAUUCUGCUUGAGUUGCAACACACUGAUAUCAUGGCUUCAUUUGAGAAAAGUCUAACUGUUGUGCAACAUCAAUUUAAACUUUCUCAAUUCAGGGAGCUAUGGGGGAAUGUGUCUAUCUCUGCAUUGGAGUAUUUGCUUGUCGAGAGUAAGAGAGCCAAUUCCAUUGGUAUUGAUGUUGAAGCUUGUGGAUGCGUCCUUCGCCACACUCAUGGUUUACCUUGCACCUAUGAGAUUGCUGACUACAUCAGACAAGAUUGUCCUAUACCACUUGCUACCAUACACUCACAGUGGAGGCAACUUCAUAUCUCCAUAUGCAAGAAAGAAAAGGAAACAGAGGUGACUUGUCAUGCAGAAGUAGAGUUGUUUGUCAACAAGUUUAAUGAAAGUGAUAGAACCAUGCGAUUGGAGCUUUUGAAGAAGUUGAAAGAGAUUGUAUAUCCGGAAAGCACUUUUCUUGUUGAGCCGGAGGUGAAGCCCAAAACACGUCCUCGGGAUCAUAAGAAGAUCAAUGUUUCUACCCGUCGUGACCCGUGUGCAUUUGAGUUAGUGCAAUCUGGACAUGAUUCCUUCUCACCUAGGGACACUCAAAUCACUACAUUAGCUUCUACUCUGCAAACCAAGAAGAAGCGACCUGUUAAGGGAAAUGAGAAGGUGAACCCGAAAGGGAAGGUAUACAUUACUAGAGCAGUGAAACCUGGUGCAUAUGUUGAUGCUUUCCCUUCUGGGUUGAAACCAUACAUUAAGUUUGUCGAUGAUGUAGCUGCAGAUGGGAAUUGUGGUUUCAGGGCUAUAGCUGCUUCAAUUGGUCAUAUAGAAGAUGAUUGGGCUCAGGUUAGGCGUGAUCUAUUGGGUGAGCUGCACACACACAAAGAGGAAUACAUUACACUUUAUGGGUCCUAUGAAAGAAUAGUGCCAGUACCUCAACUUGAUAGACGUGAGAUUGCCAUUGGGUUUGUCAACGGAAAUCAUUUUGUCCAGGUUUUGUUGCAGCCAGGCCAUCCAGUUCCUCCUAUUGCCACUAAUUGGAGAAAAUACCGUCACCCUUGUGCUGUGGACUGGGAUGAUGCAUAUGUGCAUCGCAUUCAACAUUUCAAGGACAUUAUUCAUGAUAAUGUAGCUACUCGAGAGACUUUUGAUGUUGUUGAUGUCGCAUGA